GUGGCUGCCACCGCAGGAGCCCCAGCAUGCCUUUAUCCUGGACGCACUCCUAGCAACCGUGGCAGCCGGCGCACCCGCAGGGGCAGCAGCAGCUGUAGAUCCCAACCGCCUGCUUCGGCGCCGUAAUCAGGGCCUCUUUGACGCGGGGGACGAGGCUGCUGGGGAGGAGGAGGUGGAGGAAGACGAGGAGGAGCAGGAGGAAGAGGGCGGUGUGCUGAACGGGGGCGUCUUUGGCGGCGGUUUCGGAGGUUUGGGAGCUGGGUUGUUCGGAGCGGCGGGGCAGGAGGAGCAUGAUGGGAGGGCUUUGAUUGACAUGCUACUUGGCGGAGGGCUGGGG